AUGGCUGAGCUGGAUCCCAAAGACUACAAUGGCGCACAACUUGCUGUGGUUUCCAUCUUUUUUCUUACUCUAACCUACCUUUCGGUGGGCUUGAGGGUUUUCGUGCGGAUAUGGAUUAUGAAAAGUUUUCAGUGGGACGAUUGGUUGAUGCUGGUCGCACAAGUCGUCUUUACUUUAUCUUGCUCCUUCAUUCUCCGAGGUGUGCAUUACGGGAUGGGCCACCACGAUGAUAGUCUACCUGUGCCAGAGCGGAUUCAGGGAUUGAAGUACCAAGCCCUAGCAACACUCACCUACGUAGCGAACAUGAUGUUCAUAAAACUCAGCAUCGCCAUCUUCCUCCUGCGGAUCGCAACCAAGAAGCGGUAUACGUGGACCCUCAAAAUCAGCAUGGUAAUCGUCACUAUCUGGUCACUCGCUAUCUUCUUCUUCGAAAUCUUCCAAUGCACACCUAUACAAGCACAAUGGGACUUCACUAUCCAGAACUCGAAAUGUGCUUCCGGGGAUUCUUUCGUCGCGGCUGCGUACGCGAUCUCUGUUUUGACAGUCAUUACGGAUUGGAUGUAUGCUAUCAUUCCGAUACCAAUGAUCUGGUCGGUACAGUUGACUACUCAGAAGAAGGUCACGGUUGCGUUCGUGCUGUCGCUUGGUGUCUUUGCGAGUAUAGCUACCCUCAUUCGCGUGAAAUAUCUUGUCGAGUUAUCAGACUACUCCGACAUCCUUUUCACAGGCACAACAGCUAUGGUAUGGACGCUCAUCGAGCCUGGCAUCGCCAUAACAGCCGCCUCUCUCAUCACCAUUCGACCCCUCCUCCGCGCGCUAAACUUCACCGGUUUCAACAGCACAGGACAUACCUCGUCUCGAAACCUUACUUCAAAUAAUAACAUGAGUCGGAGCAUGGGUCAACAUAACCUCAGUCAGAGGAGAGAUGAUUUCGCUUUGGCGAAUUGGAAUGCGCUGAGUAGCGUGACGGGCCCGGAAGAGGCAGCGGUGAAGGGAAAGGAAAAAGGCGUGUCGAAGGUAAGGAGUGAGCCAGUUAGUGAUGCGGAGAGCGAGCAGUACAUCUUACAAGGUCGUGGAGUGGGGGAUGUGGAGGAAGGCAUAAGGCAGACAAGAACGGUAACCAUUGUUAGUGACCCGCAGUCGAGGAGUGGGAGCAGGUCUCGCCGAUAG